CCUUCAAGACCAUGGCAUCGAACACUGCAACUUUGGGAAACCUUCCGAGUGGACUUGGAAUCUGCACAACUUUCCCCGACCUGCUGUACUUCCCUGAACUGCUGUUCGGGGUCCUGGUGUGGAUUCUGGUUGCUUGUACAUACGUGGUCCCUCAUAAUCCUCAGGGCUGGGUUAUGUUUGUGUCGGUCUUCUGUUUCGUCCUUACCUUCAUCUGGAUGUGUGUUUUCGCCUGUGGAGGUCACCGCAACAAGAGCAGCUGGGCUGCCGCCGAUUUCGUGUACCACUUCAUUGCGACAGUCUUCUACUUGAGUGCAUCUGUGGCUCUGGCCAAGGUCACUCUGGACGUGAAGACCAACGCCACCUUCCAAGUGUACCAGCUGGACAUCUCUGCUGUGGUCUUCUCCUAUGUGACGACGCUGUUGUACUUCAUCCACACCAUCUUGUCGGCUUAUCGCUGGAAAUCCUUCUGACAAACACAAAAUAGACAUUUGAAUAUUUAAACAUGAACAGGGCAGGGCUAACAGCUCCUCUGGACCAAUCACAGCAGACCUCAGGAUCAACGCACCGAUCCCAGCACAGUCUGACCACCAGCUGACUGC